UAUAACAAAAUAACCUCUUAUAAUGUUUAUAUUUAGAAAAUAUCUAUUGUAUGCUAAGUUUUAUUUUUAUAUGAAAAACGAAAAAAAGGAAGUGUUGAGAAUCAGGACAGACCUGCUAAAGACUACAAAGGACUACAAACUAAAAUUCCAUCAGAUGCCAUGCCUUUCCUUUUUUCUGUUGGGAAAACCAAACACCAUUAUAAGUCCAGUUUUUAUCCUCCAUAGUUUUUAAAUUUCUUUCUGUAAACAUGAAAUAUUUCUUCAGUUUUUCUACGAGGCGUCAGCAAAGACGGUGAGGUGAAACCGUGGGGGGACGACCAUUGAACUAUUUUAAUACGAUUAACUGCAAAUCAACAUUUUUAUUGCAGCGGUAUUUUCUUUGCUUCACACAAACACAUGUAAAUACAUUUGAACCAAAAUGGCCGUGAAGUCCACAUUUGAAGAAGUUAAAUGAAGAAAAAGUGUCUGAAAAAGAAAAAAAUGACUAAUGUGAGCUCUGGGUUUAUGUGAAAUGGUACAUUUAAUUCACUAUGAAAAGCUCACUGAGAACCUCUAAAUGUAAAUGCUUUGAAAACGAAACACAAUCUGUUGUUUUCAGUACAAAAUACUCACACACAAACACACACACACACACACAUUAAAGGAAAUUUCUCUGCUGAUCCUGAGUCUUCUGGCUCAAGUAUGGAGCCAAAGCAGCUCAGCAUCUUCACAGUGAAUGUUUGCAUCUGUUCAAAGCUGCGGAGGGACCGGAGGGAGCCGUUGGUGUCGACCGGCUGGUCACCCUGCAGGUCACUGAGCUGCAGGCUCGAACCGUGAGUCACAUGGUUCUUCUCGGGCGGUCUGAUGUCAGACGUGUCCGUGUUUUCACCGCAGGCUAAUGAAAAAAAAAAACUGUGUGUGUGCGUGUGUGUUUGUAGGAUGGUGUGUCUAUAGGUCUUUCCAGGGAUCUGUUGUAGCCACUCCUCCAGUUUGGGGGUAACCUCUCCUAGUGCCCCAAUUACCACAGGCACCUUUACUUCACUUCCAUUCUUUAUCCAGUUUCUCAUCCUUCCUUCUUCUUUGACGUUGAAAACUUAACUUUGGGUGAGAAAACCACCUGCAGAGUGUUAGAAAUGUAUCUAUUUACUUAUUUGUUUGCUGGUUCUUGCUUGUUUACAAGGAAAACAAUUAUAAUGUAAGCAGAGCAUAUACAACAAUUGUUUGAUGAAUUUUUAACCUGGGAAAACAAAGGAAAGUAAAAAAAAAAUAAAGUAAAAAAAGUAAAAAUCGAAUAGUGUGAAUUAGUAGGAACCUUGGAUGAGUUUGUGUUUCCACACGGGGACAUUUAAAGGUGCACCAUGUAAACAAAGCAGAUGCUCCGGAGAAGAUGCGGUCUGCAGCAGCAGCUCCAGCGGCGGUCGGCGCUGAGGCCUCGGGGAAAGGCUCCAGGGCCGCGGCGCUGCGGGGCUUCGUGGCGGAGAGACUCUCCGCCGCCUCCCGGGAGAUCCUAGCGGUCCUGGACGCGGCGGUGGCGGCGUACGAGGAGGAGGCCUCGGGCUUCAGGGAGCAGCUCCGCCGGCAGAGGGAGCAGCUGCUGGAGCUUCAGCUGACGACGAGGCUCUCCGAUGCGCAGUACAGCCAACAGCGGGGCUCCCCCGAGGAAGAGGAGGGUGAGGAUGAAGAGACAUCUGAGCAUGCGAAGAGCCCGGACUUUCCUGGGCCCUUAAGCUCCUCAGGUGAGAGGAGGAGGAAGAGGAGGAAGAGGCCCGGCAGACCUCGGCUCUGCAGACAUGACAGCAGCAUAGACCUCAGCAUCAGAGUCCUGGAGGACUCCAGCAUCCAGCAGCUCUCCAAACACGUAAUGAAGAAAAGCCCGGUGGUCCCGCUGAGGUGUCCCCGGACCCUGCAGGAGCAGGACUUCCUGAACCUGCUGCGCUCCUCGGUUCCUCAGCUUUCUGACAAACCUUUUGACCUCCUGACGUCAGACAGGAGGCGGAGACUGAGGCGGCGGACGCCAGCGGACAUCCAGCGAGUCUUCAGCUGCGCGGGUCUCAGAGCGUCCACCCUCUACGUCAGACUGAAGACACAGGAGGAUCCUCUGCAGCUCCUCCAGGCUCCUCAGACGGAAGUCAGACUUCCUGCCGUUCACGCCGUCCAGGAGGCCGGACGGCACAGCAGGGAUGAAGAUGAAGAUGAAGAUGAAGAGGAGUCCUGUAGGACAGAAUCUCAACAGGAAAACAUGGUGGAAGCUGGAGGAGGAAAUGAGGCAGCAGCUGGAGGACCUGCAGCUGAUGAUGAAGACCAAGAUGAUGAAGACGGCCGUUCACAAUCAGCUGAGAGCGAAGGUCAGAAGACCGUGAUCCAAGCAGGUCUUCAGGAUGGACACGAAAGGGGCAUCAGCACGGAGUCCUCACCGUCUGAUGGAAGCCGCGGCGAGCACGCAGCGUCACGCCCUGAGGAGACUCCUCCCACUUCUGCCUCCGCCGACCUGGAGCUCCAUGAGUGUUUCCUCUGCCACCAGCGGUUCCAGCUGGACGAGGAGCUGAAGGCUCACAGCAGGACGCACGCCAAAGGCAAGACCCACAUGUGCGGCGUGUGCGGCAAAGUCCUCAGCAACAGCCGCUCCCUGUCCCGCCACAAGAAGACCCACUCCACGGAGAGACCCCACGCCUGCCGGGUCUGUGGGAGGGGCUUCAAACUCCCCACCACGCUGAAGCAGCACGAGAAGAUCCACACCCACCGGGAGAGGUCGUUCCUGUGCGACGUCUGCUGCAAGAUGUUCCUGACCGGCAAGCAGCUGCAGGUCCACAUGAGGACGCACACCAACGAGAAGCCGUACCGCUGCGACCAGUGUGGGAGGGGCUUCACCACCAGGGGGCCCCUGACGGUGCACAUGCGCGUCCACACGGGGGAGACGCCGUACCGCUGCCCCUACUGCGGCUGGUCCUUCAAGAGGAAAACCCACCUGGACAACCACCUGGCCGUCCACACGGGCGCCAAGCCGUUCGUCUGCGGGAUCUGCGGGAAGACCUGCGCCCGCAAAACCUACCUGACCGUCCACAUGAGGACGCACAACGGCGAGAGGCCGUACAAGUGCGGCGCCUGCGGGAAGGGCUUCACGCAGAGCCACAGCCUGAAAACGCACCUGAAGAGUCACUAGGGCGCCGGCCAGACCCGACGGUGUUGAUCCGGACAGAGUCGUCUGGAGAAAUGUGUCAUUUAGAAGGAUCUGUACAUAAACUCAACUGAAACUGAAUUCUGGUUGGACAUGUGACAUCUGUGUGACUCCGCCCCCUCAAGCACCUGGACAGACCAGGCUUUGACGGACGGCGGUUCAGAAAUCUCUGAAUCCCAUGGAUUUGACGUUACUGUAGCGUUAAAGGAAUUCUCUGGAAGAAGUGUCCAAGUCUAAACUGUUAUCAGGAAGUCCUUUCAUUUCUGAUAACGGACACCUCAACAGUGAUAAAUAUGCUAAAUGUCCUGUUCCUGAUCCAAAGCACCAUUCCAGAGAAAGGUCACCUCUUCCCGCUUGUUUUUGUCCAGGUGAUGAAGCAAAGUUUGUUUCAAAGAAACAAAAGUCCACAAGUCGUUUCCUGGAUCACUUUGAUUGCAAUGAACCCAGAGGUGGAUCCAACGUUUAGGGACCCCGGGUCCAAAUUUAUGUCAGAAAAAGCCAAGAACAGAUGGAAAAGUCUCCAAAAGGCAUCAGAUGACAGACGAGACAGUCUUGUAAAAUGUCAAGAUCAAGUAAGCUCCAUCAUUUAGACUUUAAAACUAACAGGAAACGAGAAAAUGGCCUGUGGUAACGUUGGUUAAUCCUGGUGAUAUGGACUUCAUGGAAGAGUCAUGAAACACCGGCGUGUGACGCACAAACACACGGCUAGGCCAUGGCGUUCACUGCAGAGAGGGACUCCUACUGUGUACUAGCUUAGUCUGCCACCUGACUCUGGCUCCAGGCUUCUUCUUCCUCAGCUCUAUUCCCAUGAAAGAAUGUCACAGAAUUCCAGCCGGGAACUAACUGGAAUUCUUCAUUUCUCCUUCAUGAUACAUUUUUAAACGUUUGGUAUUUCUGUGAAUUCACUAUGAAAUCUGAGACCCUGAUUGGUCAAACGUUUGACGUGCGUUCAGUGGCCGCGCGUUUUGUACUUAGAGCUCAGAAAGGGACUCAAAAACGUGCAAAGCGACGCGUGAACAUAACCGUUUGGAACAUGGAAACACGCAUCAACACUUUUCUAAAUAGACUUUUACGUUUACCGCGUGUUUCUGAGCCUGAAUGUGAACGCAGCGUAAGGCUUUUGUGAGGAAGAAGAACCAAAAGAGUCUUAGCUACAAGAAGUCUUUACAAGCUGUGAUACUUGGAAACACGGCAGCUUGAGGUACAGACUCUGCAGGGUGUCCAAACUUUGACACAUUCCAUCAUCUUGUUUUCUUUUAUUCUGAACGCCAUCAUAAUGGAAAGGAAGCAUUACAGUUUUUUUGACAUAUUACAAAAAUGUCUCCUGUAAUCUGAUUCCUUUUGGGGAUUCUUCCAUCUUUCCUUGGCUUCUUCAUCCACAUUAAUCCAACUUUCAACCUUGGGCGCCCAAAACCUUUGAUCCUCACUGGAUCCACCAUAAAGUGGUUCAUUAUGAUGAUAAACCUGUGGAAUAAAGUUUCUGUUGCUCUGGUUACCAACUGGCUUUUAGGCCAGUUUAAUAAUCUAGAACAGUCUAUGUGACCAACUUCUUCUUUAGGUGUCUGUUAUCACUUUUUACAUCCUGACAUUCACUCAGACUGUGGUAAACACAUGAAUAAAUGGAUAGUAAAGAGCUUCAUAGAGUCAGUGGGGAGGAGGAGCCUUCAGAGAUCCACAGAACCACUGAGAGGAAACAAGUUUAAUAUGCGACAUCCAUCAUGACUGCAGUGACUUAUGGAAACAGUCUGACAGCAUGCAAAAACAGUCAAACAUUCAAAUCAUCCAAAGGCGUCACAGUAAAUCAAAAUGCAACAGCUCCAAGCAAGCAGAGGCUUUCGGAGGCAGUGGGAGUCGGUGCGUCUGAUGAGGUAACCACAUUUACCGUCUUUGGUGGAAACCAGCCGGUCUGUAGAUGGAUUUGAUGCCUUAGAACUUUGUUCUCCACUUUAGGGGUUCAGUCUUCAGUCGGUCUGGGUUAGAGGUUCUACAGGGAUGUAGCUUGGUGGUGUUUGAGCGGGCAGUUGUUCAUCGGUUUAAGGGUCUUGGUGGGCAUGGUGCCAUUGACAUACAUAAAGAUUUUCUGAAGACAAGACGCAGUUGGUGGUACAUCUGUUUUUUAAUUUUAAAAGUCUUAAUAUGAUAAACUACUAUACUUGUAAAAGAUUUAGAAUGAUUAUACUAUGGGUGUAAAAUAUAAAAAUAGCAGAUGAUGUCAUCAGCUUGUGUCACAUGUCAGCAAUGGGGGAGUUUCCCUUUGAUGGCCCUCGUGACCUGAGUGAUUACAAAUCGUUCUCAGAUGUCAGAGUACUGGAUAUCAACCAUGAAUCUACUCCAGUCAAAGUACUUUGCAGUGAAAGUACUUGUAGUCAUACAGGUGUAACGCUGUAAAUCUCGUUUCUCCUUCUUUCCUUAGACAGAAUGUCGGUCUCCGUCAACUCCUCCUCGGACCCUGGAACCGGUCACUGCGUCAUCCCUGAAACCCUGUGGAUCAUGACGAGCCUGGUGGUCAUGAACGCCAUCCUGACACCUCUGCUGGUUCUCGUCCUCGUCAUGGGUUACCGGCGCUGGAGGAAGCGCGCCUCCGCUGGCACUGUCACAGCUUCCAGCCACACCGAUGUCCUAACCUACAAUGUGGUUUCCAUGGACCUUCUCGGGGUCUUUGGAUACGUCGUGUACUUUAGUGGGACCUUGACGAAGCAACAUGAUCUGAUAGAAGUGGGGAGAAUGGUAUUUUGGGUAAUCCUACCCGGGCAAACCAUGACUCACUUCCUCACCUGUGUGGAACGAUACCUGGCGGCGGUCCAUCCCAUCACCUACAUGCACCUGAGGGGGCAGCGUGGCGUCAGAAUCAGGAACUGUACCUUGGCUGGCGUCUGGCUGAUUUCUCUCACAGUGAUGGUUUUGAUGAAGAGCUUCGACCUUAGUCUCUACGCCAUCAAUCUGUUCCUGUUGUCCAUCUCCUCUGUGUCUUUCUGUUUCUGCACUGUCUCGGUCCUCUGGGUUCUGAUCCGUUCGGGGCCGGGGUUCCAUGGCGGGAGCGCCAAGCGCAUUGACCAAUCGAAGCGGAAGGCCUUCCACACCAUGAUGGUCAUAACAGGAGCUCUGGGAUUCAGGUUCCUGGUUGGUCUGAUAAGCGCGUUGAUUCAAAGGUUCUCGGAGCGGCUCAGUCACCGUUACUGCGUGGUGGCGUGGGUGACCAUGUGGUUUUCGGUGCCCAGCAGCCUGCUGCUGCCCCUGCUCUUCCUGCAGAGGGCAGGAGUGCUCCCUGCCUGCAAACUCAAGACAGACGGAUCCACAAAAACGUGAAAUGACGUGACGUCUGACCGCACGUUCAAUCAGAGAUCAGGGUUUGAUGAUUGUAGUGAAAACUCACCGGUAUCCAUUGAAACACAAACAAAAUAAAUAUCCUUUAAAUGCCACAGUUACAGUAAGGUUUAGUGUUUUUUGUGCUUUAAUGUCGUCUGGUUGUCUACUGAUGAGCUCUUCUAUAAGUCAGUUAGACACAGUUACUUAUGAAAUCUUUUGUCCAACAUAUCAGUUUGACUGACCCGUCAGAGAAGAUUUCUGUUUCGGAUCAGAAGAACUGGAUCAGAAUAGAACAGAUUCAUAUGUCAUGAUGCAGAUGUUUUCAAUUAUUCUGCUUCAUCUGAAUAAACUUUGGACAGUUUGAGAAUGAAAA